AUGUUAUGUACAUAGGGACAGGUGUUACACGCGAAUCUCAUGCACUUUUGCCCCUCUUCGACGAUUAGAACAUUCCCACAAGUCGGACAGAACAUCAGCAUGUUACCAGAUACCCAGAUCUUUAAAAGUGCAGUUUUAAACAGGUCGACACAAACGUGAGCAGCGAAACAGCGGAAACCGCUGCUGCAAUUUUUAGGUGCCGGUGGGAAACAACGAACGAAGCGAUCUCCGGUCCGGUUGAAAAAAUAUAUAUAAGCAAAAACAUAAAUAUUUACACAAUUAAUAGCAAAUUAUCAUGAGUUGGUUCAAAAUGUAAUUAAAUAAAUCAUAUAAUAGCGUCUUGUUUUACUUUCUAGAGGAACCUUUGUAAUGAGCAACACUAUUCCUCCGGUACAUGAAUUAUGAUGCACACGCUGAUUUUUAGAUUUCAAUUUGACUUAAUUUCAGGUCAUUCUAAACUCUAUGUUUUAGAUGUCCUGCCUUCUGCAUUGAAGUAAUUAACCACUCCGGGUGUUGGCAAGCACUUUCCCAGUCAUUUGCCGUUAGUUUGAAGGGCUUUUAGCGGAUACAGUGAGUUGCUGGGUGUGUGCUCGUGGUGAUGGAGGCAGAGCAGAGUUCAGCUGGAGGGGCAGGAGGACAAGAAGAGGAGCUGAAACAGGAGCUGAAACAGGAGAUCCAAACCCACCACCCAUCCCCAGAUGCCCCGGAUUCCCCGGACGCCCAGGAGGAAGAUGAGGAAAAUCUUCCACAUUCAGAAAUCCUGGAUAUAUUCGAGGAAGGACUUGCUCGACUUGUGCAGGACCCUUUACUCUGCGAUCUGCCAAUCCAGGUGACUCUGGAAGAGGUGAAUUCCCAGAUUGCGUUGGAGUACGGUCAGGCGAUGACCGUGAAGGUUGUACAAGCAGAUGGUGAAACAAUGCCCAUAGUAGUGGUGCAAAACGCUACUGUUCUUGAUCUGAAGAAGGCCAUUUGCAGAUUCACUGAGCUUAAACAGCAGCGAGAAGGUGGAGUGAAACAUGUCAGCUGGAGAUAUGUUUGGAGAACCUAUUAUCUGGUAUUUCAGGGCGAGAAGCUGGAAGAUGACACAAUGAGACUUAAAGAUUAUGGGAUCAGGAACAGAGACGAAGUGACAUUCAUGAAGAGACUCAGAAAAAAGUGACACAGCCAACAUUUGGGAGCCAAACUAAAAGAAAAACACAAUUUCCUGGGCAGUUUUGGCAGUAUUGAACUACUGCGUGUUGUGGACAGCUUUAUUAUACUUUUUUUUCUUAAAUGUUUUGGCUCAUAAAGUGGCUUAAUGUAAAUAAAAUCAAGACUUUUUUUUCAACUCCUUGUAUGUAAA